CAAGGCAGCGCAGGCGCAGUGGCGAGGGCUGCGCCGACGGGAGCGGCGGCGGUGAUGUCCCGCAAGCAGGCGGCGCGGACGCGUCCCGGGAAGGCGGAGGUGGAGCGGAAGCGGGACGAGCGGGCGGCCCGGAGAGCGCUGGCCCGCGAGAGGCGCAACCGGGCCCAGGGCGAGGGCGAACACGACGGCGGAGGCGGCGGCCUCAACGAGCAGCUGCGAGCGCUCGGACUGCGCCUGCGCGAAGUGCCGGGCGACGGGAACUGCCUCUUCAGGGCCCUGGGGGACCAGCUGGAGGGCCACUCACGGAACCACCUCAAGCACCGGCAGGACACUGUAGCCUACAUGAUCCAACAGCGGCCAGACUUCGAGCCUUUCGUGGAGGACGACGUCCCCUUUGAGAAGCACACUGCCAAUUUGGCCCAGCCGGGCAUAUUUGCUGGCAACGAUGCCAUCGUAGCCUUUGCGAGGAACAACCAAGUGAACAUUGUCAUUCACCAGCAAAACGCCCCCCUUUGGCAGAUCCAUGGGACAGACAAGAGCAACGCCCGAGAGCUGCACAUCGCCUAUCGCUAUGGCGAGCAUUACGACAGCGUCCGAAAGAUCAAUGAUAACUCAGCGGCUCCCGCUUGGCUGCAGAUGGAGAUGCUGUGCCAAAACGAAUCCCCAAACCAGGAGGCCCUCCAGGCGAACGGGGAGAGGCAGCAGCAGCAGCCGAAAGAAGAAAGCCAGGAUGAAAUGGACGACGCGCUCCAGAAGGUCCAUAACGCCACCGGAUGCUCGGAUGUUGGUUUAAUUGCCCAAGUCCUAGAGGCAGAAGGUUACAGCAUUGAGUCCACCAUCUUCGCCCUUUUCCAGAUGAAAGAGUUGGAAAACCUCCUGUUUGCCAUCACUGCCAACAACCUCCUCAACUUCAAGCUGAUGAUCCAGCGGAUCACACAGAAGAACGUGCUCAUCUACUUCAACGGCUACGGCUGCUACUGCGGGAAGGGUGGGCGAGGGAAGCCGAGGGACCCCACAGACACGUGUUGCUAUAACCACGAUUGCUGCUACGAAAAUUUGCACCACCAGGGUUGCCAUCCAUACACCGACCACUACAGAUACCUGAUUAUCAACAACGAAGUGCAGUGCAGGACAACCAUGGACUCCGCCAGUCACACUUCGACGGGUGAAAUUAUCCUUCUGGCAACCAGUUCGGCUGUUACUGCAAUCCUCUAUGCCGUCUACAGACAUAAGUCAAAAAUUGCAGACAGCCUGAAGGGUGCUAAAAAAGUCACCCUGGAUCAGGAUUUAAGGAACCUGCUGAUGGAAGCCCCAGGGAAGUGCGUCCCCUAUGCGGUGAUAGAAGGUGUGGUGCGAUCCGUCAAGGAAAGCCUCAACAGCCAGUUUGUGGACAGCUGCAAGGGAGUGGUCCAGAGGCUGACCCUUCAGGAGCACAAGAUGGUGUGGAACCGGACCACCCACUUCUGGAACAACUAUGAAAAGAUCAUCCACCAGAGGACAAACACGGUCCCUUUCGAUCUGGUGCCCCCGGGGAGCGAGGUUCCCCCCAGCGUGGCCGUGAGGGUCCUGAAGCCCCUCACUGCUGCAGAGCUGAGCCUGGAGACCGUCUACGAGAGAUUCCACCCCUCGGUGCAGUCCUUGACGGAUGCCAUCGGCCACUACAUCAGCGGAGAGCGACCCAAGGGCAUCAAGGAGACCGAAGAGAUGCUGACCGUCGGGGCGGCCCUCACUGGGGUCGGCGAGCUCGUCCUGGACAGCAGCACCAUCAAGCUGCAGCCCCCCAAGCAGGGCCUGCGCUACUGCCUGAUCAGCCUGGGGUUCGACACACUGCUCAAGCGGCAGGAGUCGAGCGUCCGGUUCUGGAAGGUCCUGACCACCCUCUGUGGGCUGGCCAGCUGUGCCCUCCUCCUCUUCAUCCUGCACAAACAGUACCGGUGUCAGCGGGAGAAGCGGCGGCUGCGUCAGAUGCUGGAGGGCAUCACCGCCGGAGGGGACGCCACCAACGCCUGCGUGGUCUGCUUGGGCAACAGCCGGGCCUGCGUCUUCCUCGAGUGCGGGCACGUCUGCUCCUGCCUCAAGUGUUACGAGGCCCUGCCCAGGCCCCCCCGCUGCCCCAUCUGCAGGCAGCUCAUCACCAGGGUGGUGCCUUUGUACAACAGCUGAGGGGCGAUGCAGGCCCCCCCCCCCAGGCUGCUUUAGGAACUGGUGUGACCAUUGCUGUGUAAAACGGGGAGUGGGUUUUGUGGGUGGGGAUGGGGCUUAGCUGUAGCUCUUUGCACAGAUUGACAAAGCCAAGCGAUGUUGUUCCCACACUCAGUCUGGAAUUGAACUGCCGGCUGUGGCUCUGGUGAAAAUGCCAGAAUGAAAGUUCUCCUUCUCCUCUCUUUGUGCGUGUGAAUAAAUCAUCUUUAGACGUUGCCUGUUGGAGAAUUCCCAGGAUCACGUUUCUGGAGCUGUGUGGAGUUCACACGUUUUUUUAUUUAUUAGGGCUCAGUGUCUUUGGCCCUGAAUAUUAUUUUUUAGUCUCAUUUCCCUGCCUACUCAGGUCCCAGAGUAAAACGGGGUCGCCCUGCCGUUGCUUCAGGGGUAACUUUGGCUAUUUGGGCCUCCAAAGAAUCUUACAUGUGUCGGGAAAGAGAUGGAGGGAAUUCUUUUUGGUAUUUAAGGAGGAGAAAACCACUGCUGUGUUGAAAAUUACUGGAUAGUCGGGCAAAGCCUCCUUGAAGUUUCAAACCCCAGAACCGAAUCUCUUUCAAACGGCCUACCUACCUGGCUUGGAUAGGCCAAGCACACAAUCCCACGCAGAGGCGUGUGCACACCCAACGGGCAUCCUGAGAGAGAGAAGAAGGAAAACUGUGAAUGUGCCUCUCCCGCCUCCUCAAUAUUUAACCCUUUUCACGUAACUAAAAACUCUUAAUUUGGUUGCCGUUCCUGAGUGAGCAGGUUGCCGCAGGCGUAAGAACGGAGGUGGCGACUGAGAUUCUCUGCUUUUGGGGGAACUCGGUGUUGAUUGGAAGGCCGCUUCUCGCCUCCUCUGGAGACCGUUAGGGGGCAGCCUCGUCUUGUGGUCU